AUGGGCGUUGAUUUCACCUAUUCUCUUGUUGAAACUCGUCAACUGGCAAAAACUAAAGUUGUCGCUUGUGUAUGGUCACCGAGGACUGAUUUAAUUGCUUUAGGCUCAUCCAAUGGAUGCAUUUCAGUGCAUAGGUAUAAAAUGACGUGUAUUUGGGAAUGUGAUAAAUCAGAUUUAGGCUCUGUCAGCUGUUUAGCCUGGCGACCAGAUGGGAAAAUAUUGACUGCAGCAUUCCAAUCGGGUACUGUAUGCUUCUUUGUUGUUGGAGACGGAUUCCUAUUUCAUGAAUUACACUUCACCAAUCCAAUAGACCAUUUGUCAUGGACAAAUUAUCAGUGUUCAGGCAAUAAUGCUGCAGGCGAUGAAAAUGGAUGUCUAAAGAAUAAGGUGGCCGCUUAUUUUCCUGAAGUGAAACACUUGAGCAUGUUUAAAUCGUUUUAUUCAAAUCGUGUCGUUUCAUUCUACGGCUAUGGUGUAUUUGAAAUUGCCGCGUAUACUUUACACUCGACAAAUGCUGAUACGUCUUCCAAGCUUAUUAGUUGUCAUUUAUCAGCUGAACAGAAUAUACUUUUGCUUACUGAAGCAUUGCUGGAUGCUAAUGGACAAUAUUGCGUACUUUGUCAUAAAAUUCCAUGCGAUGGAUUUCAACGAUUCAAUCAUCAGUUGAUGAAGCUGUCAAUACAGGCUUUUUCAAUUAAAAUUACAAAAUCUCUGUUAGAUUGGAGUUUUAAUCAAGUCUGUAUUUGUUGGGAAGAUAUGAUCUUGGAAAUGAAUACUAAAUUCACUAAUUAUGCACGUGAACGAUUAAAGCAUAACAAAGAUUGGUCAUUAUGCGUAGAACUUCUGGAGUUUAUUCUCUUUGGCUAUUGUUGUCCUGAUUUAAAGAAGUUCCUUGUCGAAGAUUGGACUGCAGCCAGUUUAAAGCGUACUGGUACAACUACAUUGAAGGCAUAUGAAUCGAUUAAGACAAUAUGCUUUCAACAGAUUCAAUUCUUUUUACAACGUCUGCUAUUUCAUGUAUCUGAAGUAAUCGGAAGUUUACGAGAUACUCAACUGUGUCAUGAAUUAGAAAUAUCUCCCAAUAUAGCGUUACAGCUUUUUCGAACUAUUGCCAUGACAUUGCAGAAAACUCAAGAAUUACAACUAGUUAUUGAAAAAAGUAUUAUAAAACUACGCGCCUUCUUUAAAUGGUUAUUUGGUGCUAUACUUGAACAGUCUGGACGUGUUCUACCGAUUGAAUAUCCUAGACUAAAUCUUACUGAACGUGAACUUGUUAUUAAUUUUAUCACGGAUUCUCUGCAACCAAAAGUUGUUGAUGGUGAGCUACAAGAUUACCAAGUUGACUUAGUUGAACAGUAUAUUCGAUCUGGUGAAGUUCAUAAACCACUAGAAGUUGUUGCACAAUCAUCUUUACAUAAGGAUACAGAACGUGCAAAUUUACGUAAAUCCCUUGAAGAAAUUAUUGAACAAACAGAUAAAGCAUAUUUACCAGAUGGUUUCUUUUCCUACUGUUCUCGAGCUACGCUAGCUGAUCUAAUUCAAAAGAAUAUCGAGAAUGAUAUAGUAAAUCUCAUUAAAUUACCCGCAAAUUCAAAUACUACUCGUGGCUGUCUAGAUGUGAACCGUCGGUCUACACAGGUUUUAUUCAAUGGGGAUUCACCUGACCUGCUGGACUUCGCUGUACACUGUACAUCAGUCAAUUGUUUAGAAGAGUCGAAUGAAACAAAGUCAACAUCUCAUACAUCGAAAGGAACAGUAUUGAUGGCGUAUACAAUGGGAGAUGAAAAUUUCGGCUUCAGUUCAUUACUGGCAAUUGAAGUAGACGGAAAUAGUGUUAAUUCUGCAUUUCACGUAUUGAAUGGUGUUGAACUUCUUCUGGAUUCUAUACCUGGUGAUUCAAACCCUGCAAAUUUACCUUAUGAAUUACAAGACAUGCAGUUUUAUUCCCCACAAAUACUUCUCCUAUUAGUAUCCCGUCGUUCAAAACAUUCGAAAUCCCAGUACCUUCGAUCAACAAAGUCUAAUAGCAAAGCUGAUGAAUUAGACACAGAAGUGGCUCUAUCACGUAAAACAGCUAACGAUUUAAUGCAUAGUUGGCUUGUAAUGGUACCUAUUCGUGAUAUAUUGAAUACUGCAGUGACGAAUACUUCUACUGAAAAUGAUACUUCUACCCAUCUUCAAAAUGAAAUGAAGUCACUGAUGAAUAAGAUACAACAAGAUAAUAAAAUGGAUAUGAUGAAAAAUAAACCUUUUGAAAAAGUUAAUAAUUCAACUGAGGCGGAUAAUUUAAAACAUAAAUCUACGUCGAGGAAAUCAUCGUCAUCAUCAUCUUCAAGUUCCUCAGAUGAAGAAGAAGAUAACAGUUUGUGGCUGGAACGUUUUCGAAGACAAAGAGGCAGACUAAAUAAAAUUCAGGUUAAAGAAGAUCAGAAGACAAAUGGAAAAUCAUCUGAAAAGCGAUCAAAUGAAAAUCAGUCUACAGAGUCAGUUUAUCAAACAAACAGUGUGGAUAAAGUCAACUCAAAUACAUUGGGAGAUCAUUUAGAUAAAUUAAAAAUGAAUGAAAUUCGAAAAAUGAAAAGAGAAGAGAUUUGUCAAGAAUUAUUGAAAUCAGUGGAUAAAACCCGACUGGCAGAUUUGUUAGUCAGUGAGAAAGUGAGUUUCACUCCAGCUAUUCCAACAAUACCAUUGGAAGUAAAACAAGCAAACAAUGCUACUGAUAAUAUCUUUAUUCAUCUUGAAAUUGAUCAAUUAAUGAUUGAUAAGGCUUUAAAUGAAUCCAUUGAAUUCAUUGAACAUAAUGCUGGCGGUCAAUUCAAACAAUCAAUUUUAAAUAAUAAUUAUCAUUCAAUAGAAUCAAUGUCAAUAUUCUAUGGAAUCCUUUCAUGGCUAAUCCAGUUAUCAGUAUAUGGUGUUGAAAUUGACUUUCUUCAAACAGCAGUUGCGUUUAAGACUAUAGGUUUAAUACAAACAGCUUCAUUGGGUUGUAAAGAAUCAAAUCAAUUAGAAAAACCAAGAAUCAAAUGUCUUCUACAAGCUAAUUUAUGUCAUUUAGAGGAUAAUAAAGUUUCUUUGGAUGAUCUGAAGUCUCUCAUCAGUAGAAAGUGUUCAGAACAGAUAAAUCAAUGGAAAGAUUAUAAUCACUGGAUAUAUAAUCCCGAAGGAAUUCAUCUACCAAAGUUAAAUGUUCCAAUAUCAUUGAAUAUUUUCAAUAUUCAAUCCGAUCUUUCUAAUUUUUGGUUUCAAACACAACAUCAAACACAACCUAAUUCUUAUAUUGGUAAAAUCCAACAUGACCACGCCAUAUGGAACAUUGAAACUAAAAAAGAUCAAGAUACUGAUGAAAAUAAUAUUUUCAAUAAUGAGUAUGAUCACCGGAUUAGAAACAUUCACCACCUAUUAAAACAAAACUAUUGUUGUUUAAAAUCUCAUUCAAUAUAUGCAUUAAACAUUGAACAGUAUUGUACAACUAUCAUUGAAAUCAAUUUAUCACAGUUACAGUUAAAUAUUAUUGGACAAUUUGUCUAUACUUUAUUGAUUAGUCUCCAUUUAAGAAAUUUAUACAUUUCAGGUAUUCGUAUAGCUUGGUUAUCUUCUAAAAAUACAAAUCACAAUGAAGGGGAUAACAGUUUAAAACCUUACUUAAUCUUAGCCAUUCGCGGUGUUCAAUCACACACUGAAAUCCAACAUAUUUUAAACUGGUUUACAAGCAAAAAAUCAAUACUCUUAUCUACAAGUGUACAAGUUUAUGGGAGUUGUUAUGAAGAUGUGAAUAAGGAACAUAUUGUUCAUUGGUUUGGUCCUCGUCUUACACAUCCGUCUACUCUGAAUUACAUUAAAACAUUUAAAGAUAACUUAUCAAUAUUGAACAAUAAUCAAAAUGAACAUUGGAUUAUUGAAUACCAAGCAACUAGCUUAUUUUUAUUAUUAUCUUCACAAUGUUAUCAGUUAAUACCAAAAUUAAUUGAAUUAUUAACCCUAAAUUAUGGUUAUAAAUUAGUUGAUUUAAAGUAUUGGAAUUCUGUUCAAUGUUCCAAUGAUGUAAAUUUACAUGAUUUAAAACAAUUUUUCAAUGAAUUAAUUAUUAGUCAACAAUUUCUGUGGAUAAAUCAGUCUAAAUUAAAUACUACUACCACUACUACUUCUACUGAUAAAAUUAGUAGUCAGUUAAUUUGUAAAAAUUAUUAUUUGAUAAUUAUUAAACAUGAAAAUGCUCUACAACAUUUGCAGUGUUUAAAAGAACAAGUGAAGGUAUUUAUUCAUAGGCAAAAUUCAAUUAUUCACAGUUUAAAGGAUAAUCCUGAAACUGUCUUCAUUCACCUUCAGCCUAUUGAUUCAAAAACUGCUAAUAUCUUUACGCUGAAUAAUUUGAAUUAUCUACCUAUAAGUAAUACUGAUGAGAAUGCAACAAGUCAAGGUCAACUAGACUUAUCAACCAAUAAGAAUCCAGCCUAUCCAGAUUGUGAAUCCCUUAGUUUUAUAUUAUGCAUACCAUGUUUAAACGUUGCGCCACAAAAUGAAACUGGUCACCAUAGUAAUGAAAUAAACAAAUCAUCACAUCCUAUUCUUCAUUUCACUAAUCGCCUUCAAUAUCUUAUUGAUUUCAAUGAAACUAAUCAAUCUUCAAUUAAUAUUAUCUCAAUGAAAUGGAUAAGCCUGCGCCACCUUACUGAUAUUCAUCGAAAAUUGAUUAAUGAUUUGUUGUAUUUGAAUAAUACGCAUAAAAGUGUACAGCAAUGUUUAAAUUUAUUCGAUGCAUUAUCUUUAAAUCAACAUAAUAACAGUAACGAUCAAUGUUCAGUUGGUUGUGUUUUAAUUCACGGUGAAAAUUUACUACACUGUUUAACUAAAUGGUUUAAUUCAAAUCAAAUUUAUUUUACUUUGGAUUUGUCAAGUGUUAAAAAGUUAUCUGAGAUAUUUUUCAGUUCAACUGAACUUUGUACAUAUUUUGAUUAUACCACAAGAUGUCAAAUAAACAAUCAGCUUUCCACUUUAUCUGAUAAGGAGUAA